CAGCCCGGAGGUGGCCGGCUCGGAGGGAGGGGAGCGCAGCAUGCCCGCCGCCUGCCCCACGCCACCCUCCCGCCGCUGCCCAUGGAGAUCGCGCUGGUGACUUUGGAGAACGGAGGCGCCACGGCCAUCGGGGGAGGGGGCGAGGAUGCUGGAGGCGGCCGGGCGCGGCGGCGGGGCGACCUGCACCACAUCCCCAACUCCGCCGCCGCCCCUGCUUGGCUGAACGACUGCAGCGGCGCCCCGGAGCAGGAGCAGCCCCGGGCGGGCAGCGGCGGCUGCAGAAGCAGGAGCAACAGCACCGGCAGCACCAGCCGGAGGGUGCCCGCUCCCCGGGGCGCCUCGCCGCCGCCUGCUCCUCCCCAGCCGCCGCGCCCCUACCCGGGAGGGGGCGAAGAGGAGGCGAUGGUACUGCCGGAGGAAGGCGGGCACCGCUUGGGCAUGGCCAUGGCCGCGGCGGCCGAGGAGGAGGAGGAGAACCAGCGCGCCCUGCACCACCAGCGGGUGCUGAUCAACAUCUCCGGGCUGCGCUUCGAGACGCAGCUGGGCACCCUCAACCAGUUCCCGGACACGCUGCUGGGCGACCCGGACAAGCGCAUGCGGUACUUCGACCCGCUGCGCAACGAGUACUUCUUCGAUCGGAAUCGGCCCAGCUUCGACGGGAUCCUCUACUUCUACCAGUCCGGGGGCAAGCUGCGCCGGCCGGUCAACGUCUCCAUCGACGUCUUCGCCGACGAGAUCCGCUUCUACCAGCUGGGCGAGGAGGCCAUGGAGCGGUUCCGGGAGGACGAGGGCUUCAUCAAGGAGGAGGAGAAGCCCCUGCCCCGCAACGAGUUCCAGCGCCAGGUGUGGCUCAUCUUCGAGUACCCGGAGAGCUCCAGCUCCGCCCGGGGCAUCGCCAUCGUCUCGGUGCUGGUGAUCCUCAUCUCCAUCAUCACCUUCUGCCUGGAGACCCUGCCCGAGUUCCGGGACGAGAGGGAGCUGCAGGCCCCUCUGCCCCCGCACGGGGCAGCCCUGAACGGCACCGCCGGGGAGGCCCCCCCGAUGCAGCCCCCCAGCAGCCUGUCCGACCCCUUCUUCAUCAUCGAGACCACCUGCGUGAUUUGGUUCACCUUCGAGCUGCUGGUGCGCUUCUUCGCCUGCCCCAGCAAGCCCGAGUUCUCCAGGAACAUCAUGAACAUCAUCGACAUCGUGGCCAUCAUCCCUUACUUCAUCACCCUGGGCACCGAGCUGGCUCAGGAGCAACAGGAGCCCGGGACCCCCAGCACCGCCAGCAACAACAACGGGGGCCAGCAGCAAGCCAUGUCCCUGGCCAUCCUCAGGGUCAUCCGCCUGGUCAGGGUCUUCAGGAUCUUCAAGCUCUCCAGACACUCCAAGGGGCUGCAGAUCCUGGGGCAGACUUUGAAAGCCAGCAUGCGGGAGCUGGGGCUCCUCAUCUUCUUCCUUUUCAUCGGGGUGAUCCUCUUCUCCAGCGCCGUGUACUUUGCCGAGGCGGACGACCCAGACUCCCAUUUCUCCAGCAUCCCCGACGCUUUCUGGUGGGCAGUGGUGACCAUGACGACGGUGGGCUAUGGGGAUAUGAGGCCUGUCACCGUAGGGGGCAAGAUCGUGGGCUCCUUGUGUGCUAUCGCUGGCGUGCUGACCAUAGCCCUGCCUGUACCUGUCAUCGUGUCCAACUUCAACUACUUCUACCACCGAGGAACUGACAACGAAGAGCAGGCUAUUCUCAAGGAGGAGCCCAGCAGCGCUCAGGGCAGCUCAGCUGGGGGGGAGCUGAAGAGAAGUCACAGUAAAAACUCUCUGAACAAAUCUGUUGUGCACUUGGAAAACAGUGAGGGGAUCAACAAUGGCCCUGGAUCCUUAGAGAAAACCAAUAUCAAAGCUAAAAGCAAUCUAGAUCUUAGAAAAUCCCUCUAUGCACUCUGUCUGGACACCAAUAGGGAAACAGAUCUGUAAGAAAGGGAAUGAAUUUGGGUUCUGAGGUACAGCAGGAUUUGUUGAUGUUGGAAAUUAUAUAUAUAUGUAUAUAUAUA